AUGUGGAACUUCAAACCGCCAUUUUUCCGUGGAACUAAUCAAUCGCGUAUCACGUGGUCUGCCACAGUGAGAAGUUCACUAACAGUGUGGGAUAACAACUACUGGUUGGAUAUCAAUUAUCUCCACAUAGCCAAGGCUGCUUUGUCCUGCUCUGCACAUUUCUCCGCAGUUUUUUAUGCGGAGAUUUGGUGUAACUACCAGAGAAUAAAACAGGAGGAGGCAUUAAAGAAAUCCUCUUCAUUGAGUGAGGUUGUAAGUCAGAGUUUUACACAAGAUUCCCAGGUGGAUUCUCUGAGUUCUGUGUCUGGUGAGGUGACCCUCAAUGUACAGGACCUACUCCUGGAGGCCUACAGACAGAUCGGGGAUCCAGACGGGGUGUAUGGAUGUGGGGCAGGCCGUCUCCCAGAUCCAGUAUCAAGAAUAAGGAUGUAUGAACAUGAGGGUCAGUGGGAGAAGGCUGUUAUCACAUACGAUAUAGGGCUCCAGCAGCACAGCCAACAGGAAGUGGACUUACUUAAGGCUCUGGACAGUUUUGGAUCAAAAAACUUGUUGGACAGCUACUUAGAAAAUUAUCCAAAUCCAAAGUCUGGUGCAAUAAGAAAUCUUAUCUUCAAGUCUGCAAUUAAAGUAGGAAAGUGGGAUCUUAACAUGGAUGAAAGCAGUGAAUGUAGUUUUGAUGAAGCAGUACACAGAUCCUUGUGUACACUCAAACAUUCUCAGUUCUCUAUUGUGUCCACUGCUCUGGAUAUGGCAAGGAAAAAUGCUUUAGACAGAUUACGAGAUGCCAGCAUGGAGAGCUGUAGAUGUCUGUAUCCCAUCCUCUCUGAUCUGCAGUGUAUCUACCAGAUUGACCAGGCUGUCAGAGCAAUUACAGGGUUUGUUUUAACUGAGAAAGAAAAUGGUUUGAGCUAUUUAUACCAUCAGUAA